AUGAAAGGACUAAUGUCGGUUAACGCAAACUUGGAUAUCUUCUGUGCAAUACUCAUCGAUAGGGCCUCGUUGAACUGGAAUAUUCACAACGAAAUAAUUACAAAGGGCACACAACAGGCAGACUUUAUCUGCAGAAUUCCACUAGUAGUGUAUAUAAACAAGGUUUCAAAUGUGGCAUCUCUGGUUGGAAAGCGUGCGAUUGGAGAGAGCAACUUCGAGGUCGCAAGUGCUGUAGGUGACGACGUGAAAAUUGAACAGGAUCUGCACUUUUCCGGCAAGCCUGACGUAAGUUUGAAAGGGCAACCUACCGGAGACAGCGUCGGAGAAGAUGGCGGAGUUGGCGAGGAGUCGAUCGGCCAUGAGCGUGAGGCGUGUGUCGCGGGCGCCAAUUCGGCCGGCGGGGACGGGGACCUGGCCGACCUCGUCGCCCCUGUAGCGGAGGAGAGCGGUGCUGUUGGCGUACCUGAAGCCGACGCGGUUGGGGUUGGUGACGGAGAUGCGGAGGUCGAGGGUGAGGUUGAGGCGGAGCUGAAGCCUGGAGAAGUCGACAGAGAAGUCGAGAUCGUCGAGGGAAACUGA